AUGCACUGGGAGGGCGGAAUUACCCUGAUGCUUCAGAGGCUCUUCAGUUUCUCCUCUCUCAUUCGGUCUGCAGUCUCACUUCAUUUGAGGAGCAACACUGGUGUUACCGCGGUGGCAUUUAAUAAAGAACUUGGUCCUGUACAGAAACUCAUCGUGGACAAGAUUAGAGAAUACAGAACUAAGCUACGGGCAUCUGGAGGACCCGCUGAUACUGGCCCAGAGCACCAGCGAGACCUUGGGAGGGAGCUUCUGAAGCUUAAGUGCACAUAUGGUAAAACAGACAUGAAUACGUUCCUGGACUUCACAUUUGAAAAUCCUAAAUUUGAAGUCAUCGAGAAGCCCCAGUCCUGGAAAACCCAUGUAUUUCGAUUGCCCAUUCUCAUUUUCAGUGAGACCGCAGUGAGGACAGAGACUAAUGUGGUGCAUCCAGGAAAUCACACCUUACACAGCAAUGAACUCAAAAUGGUCACAGAUCUAAGUAUAAGAGCCAAAACUAUUGUGCAAGAGGACUACAUGGGAGAAAAUGGUCAGGAAUUCACAACGAUACCAAGUGUUGCUGAGGAUGUGGAGAAACUGGACCCUCCUAUAUUGCUGGUGGCAAC